UACCACUUAAAAAAUAACACCGUGUUACUUUUUAGGGAAAUCACCCCUUCCAUCUUCUUCCACUCAACAACCCAGUGGAUCAUCAGGUAAAAGCCGCAUGCUUCAUCUAAAAAAUUACAAAUUGAACUCUCCUAAUAUUUUAUUUAACACUCCAUGUUCAAAUUCUAAUUUGAAUUGAUAAUGAGAUCUUAUUGGUUGUAUAGCUUAUUAACUUCAAAGCAUUGUCUGACAGCUUUGUGAUGGUUAACAAACAGCUAAAUACUUUUAAUUGCUUCCAAAAACUAGGAAUUCAGGUGCGAUAUAUACACAAAUAACGACAACGCGACUAAUCGUAAUUUGUAGAAGGUAAAACUUGCCAUUGUUCUAAACAUAAAAAACUAUUAGAUAAAUAGCAUGUACUACUUGAUAAAUAGCAUACACUUGCUACAGGCCCAACACCAGCACCGUCCGCUUCGAAGGGACCAACCAAAGCACCAGGUAACUACAGUAGCUAAAAAUAGCAACUUAAAAUAUUAAACCUGUUAACUCUGAUUUUCUAUUUCGUCCAAUUAUUCAGUGUUUCAAACUAUUCUCUCUAUAUACAUUUCGGUUUAGUUUCAUCGUUGGUUUAAGUCAUAUUGACUCUUUAUUCGAAACAGAGCUGUUAAUCUUACAUUACCCAUCCCAAUCCAAAAGCAAAAUUGAGGAAAUGGCCAAAAUAAAGAAGAAAAAACAAUUCUUAUGAUAACAAUCCAAUUGAGACUGUUAUUAAUUUGAAAUCUAUUGUUGUAAAUUCUGUUUUUUAGACAAUCGAGUUAAAUAAUUGAGGAUAUUGGUUACCGAGGCCAAACAUUUCGAACCAUUACGUGGCCGUUAUAAAAUGACACUAUAAUAUAUAGAUUUAGCCAGGUCUAAAAGCGAAGAUCUCUAUAAUAUUUAUAGUUUCCUCACACAAAAUAUAAAAUCGUGUAAUGCUAAGUGGCGAUGGCAACGAAAACGGUAAAAAAAAAACAAGAAUAGGUCCUAAUUGGCAAAAAAGCAACUUUGCACGUGCAGCACACCUUUUUUGUACAUUUCUUUGCCAUCGUUUUGUCCGACUACAACGUGGAACUUCCGGAAACUUCCUGCUUACACGUUUUAUGGAGGAAAUGUCGUUGUCUCUCAUUUUCACCCCGGUGACCGCAGCAAUUGUCAUUUUCUCACCACCGCUACAAAAUUCCAUGUUGUUCCUACAACAGAAAAAGGUCUCCUUUGUUUUUUCUCUCUCGCUCUAGCUCUUUUUCUCGUUCAGCUUCACUGGGUGUCGCUCUACUUUCUCUUUUUUUCUGUCUUUCUCUUUCUCUGUAUUCCAAAUUUGUGGACAUGACAAUUAAUCUAAGCUUAAUCCUUAAGACGACACGGAUACAGAAAAAUUUUCCGCUUUCCGUUUUCGUCUUUAUUGACUCUGUAGUGGUCUCUGCUUCACAAGAUGAGGGUGGCCGUACGCUUUCCCGCCAGAAUAAACUGACAUUUACUUUCGGCUUACAUGAACUUGUGUGUACAGACGGGCGGGCGUACACUACGUCAUAACCAAAUUUUCUUGCUUUGAUAGGUUACCAAUCAAUCUUAGCAAUGGGGUUACGCCACGCGCGCUUCGCGCGCGCGGGAGUUCCGCUUUUAAGUUAUUUAUUUAUCAUUCUAUUACGACAGUCUGCAAAAAAACAUUCUUGUCUUACCUAAAAGUUAACGAAAUUAUUAUCAUCAUCAUCAUCAUCAUUAUUAUUAUUAAUUAUUAUUAUUAUCAUUAUUGUUGUUCUUAUUCUAAUGGUUCCUCCUUACAAAUUAAAUAUUAUUUUAACGAUAGCAGACAUGUCACACACGCUUUAAAUUUUAAUUUAGGAAAAACAUCAGCUACAUCUGCACCAACUGAACAACCUAGUGUGUCAGGUAACAUAUUCCAUUUCUGAAUAGUAAAUUUGACAGUAUCAAAUCGCUAAACUUUACAUCGUAUUUCCUCUCCUCAAACAUCAAAUCAGUCUGAUCUAUACGCCACUAAUUAUCAAAACUACGCUAGCCAUGCAACAUAUACGUUUGAUUUCGUUUUCUUUCUAAUUCAGGGAAAACAACCACUCCUUCCGCUGCAACUCAACAACCUAGUGUAUCAGGUAACAGCAUGCCCAAAAACACAUUUGUCGACAAAAUAAUGCAUGAUGAUGUUUGACAUCGCUAUAAUAAAUGACACAAAACAUGUCCAUGAUAAUCUUUCUUACACACUUAAGAAAAACUACCAGUUCAUCCUCUACAACCCAACAACCUAGUAUAUCAGGUGACAGCAUGCUCAAAAUACAGCAAAUAAUGCAUGCUGAUAUUUGACAAGAUAUUUUGAACAAGGACAAAAAUCAUGUCACAUAUUGUUGCCAUACUUAAUUAAGGGAACAAACCUUCCUUAUCUUCGGCAACUUUACUAUCUUCUGUCUAAGAAAGCGAUAUGUGAAAGAACAUGAUAGAAAUAUGCAGGUACAAAAUUAUGAGCGUCACACUCAAAGACAGCUGCACAUAUUUUUAAAACAACACCAAACAUGAAACAAUAAAACUUUUUUCUCAAUAAUCAAGGGAAAACAGGAGGUCCAUCCUCGGCAACUCAACAACCAAGUGUGUCAGGUAACGGCAUGUUCAAAAACAGUGACACAAAAAAUGCAUACAUCCUGAUAUUUCACAUCGCUUUGGUAAAUCAAAAGAGAACAAUCAUAUCACAUAUAACUACCUUAGGUUAACAGCUUCACUGCAUCAUCCGAAUGAACACGAGUAAUCUGUACACAUGACUAUCCACAUAAACACCUUACCUCUUAUCUGUACACCCAAAUACAAACUUGGGCAGGGUUUAUGAAUCAUUAAACAGUAGAAUUGCACGUAAUCGUUUGAUACUUACUCCUGUUUAGUCAAUACAUGAUAUUCAUUAAAUUUUGAAACAGAUCAUUUCUGAUCACUCCAUUUCACAAGCACGAUAAAAUAUUCGCGUCCUAAAUACACCUGAUCAAACUCAGAUUAAAGCAAAUAUCAAUCAGCUUACUCAGUAGAACUUUCCGAAAUUUUUGGCUAGAUUAUGCCUAUGAUAUGGUAAAUAGCUUCAGACAUUAUGUACUUUCUAGGGACAACACCCUCACCUUCGUCGAGGAGGCCAGCCAACGCACCAGGUAAUCCGCCAGAAAAGAGACCAUACAACUCGUAUUCUGGGUUUCUGUUUGACAAACACUCUAAAUUAAUGUACUCUCAAAAAAUCACAAUUUUUGAAUUUUCGUUUAUUUGAAAGCAUGAACAAAGAUUGUUUUAAGAAGGGUAAAUCUGUUAACUAGGCAUUCUAAAGUUAUCUGUUAACUUUUAUUUCUGUUAUAAUUAAACACAAUUUAUUAUAUGUAGAACCCGGUACUAGCCUGCAAGCGGAUAUUCAGCGGUGACCAUGCGUAGGGCCACCACUUACAUGUAACGACGGGAACUCAAAUGUUGUUCCGCUUUCCCUUUUCCAAGAAAUUAGACAAUAAAAAGAUUAAUAGAGGCCUCCGAAAACCACUGUCGGGAGUUGAGCUCCGUCAGCUAACGUGAUCGUUUUUGGGGAUUUUUAUUUCAAUUGAAGUUUGUUUCAGAUUUUUCAAAACGACAGAAAAUCAGUUAUAGUACUAGGAUAUGGUAAAACGAAACUUUGAUCACAUCCUUACACUACACUGUACAAAAUCUUGAAUUAAUUAGAUAUUGGUUAAUUAAUUAAAAUUGAUCAAACCCUCAUCUUGAACACACAUAUGCCGAGAGAUUCAAUGACGUCAAAGAUAACUUGAACUCGAUUGCGCGUCCAAAUAUCUUCUUCACCAUUUCCUUUCAAAACGCCUUCCUCAGGGGCUUAAAAAACGUCACUGUAAUAUAUCCAAAUAAAACAGGACAUUUCAAAUGGCAAAAUGAUCUUAAAAAUUGUAUCUGGGUCACAUACAUCUUUUUUCCAACGUUUACAGGGAAAACACCGGGCCCAACUUCUACAACUAAACAACCCAGUUUACUAGAAAAUAGCGUGAUCAUAAGUGUGCAAAACUAUGCAUGCUGGUACUUUAGUGAGAACGCUUAUCUUGACACAUAUACUUAUUUUUUAAUGCAGGAAAGAAACCAGGUCCAGUUUCUACAACCAAACCACCUACUGUUUCAGGUAACUAAAUGGUCAAAAGUGAACUAUUCAAACGGCAUGCUGAUACUGAAAAACGUCAUUUUUUUUCAAAAUUAAAGAAAUUUAUCAGAUAGACUGAUAUGAGAUAAUUUUUUUUUUAUAACAACAUAAGAUAACAGAUAACAACCUCAGCUAUUACUUUCUAGGGACUACACCCACAGCUCCCCCUAAAAAACCACCCAGCGCACCAGGUAAUGUGUUGAAAAAAUUAAUCGCACGACUGGCAUUGUGCCUUUUUAUGAAACAGUUUCAUUAUUCCAUCGCUUGUAACCGCCAAUAAGAGCAGUUUAGAUUAAUAAAAUAACCAUUUAAAUCUGAUUUUAAAAUCCGCGUAGACUGAUUAUUUUUCAAAAUGCAAUUCUAUGAGCAUACGGUGAUUAUAAAAAGGGGUUGUUUUCUUUAAUCUUUUAUCAACCAAACUGUUUCCAAUCCUUACGAUUAAACUGAGGACUAUUCAGUAAGUGGUUCUACUUCCUAAAUCAUCCUAGUUGAGUAUAUCACGUUUUGGACGCAAAGAGAACAAACAAUAACUACCUUCAACAAACAAAAAAUUGCUGAUUUCGGAUUUUAGAGUGAUCUUAGUAACAACGCCAGUGAUAUUAUUACUUGUAAUUUAAUUUUUGACGUCAUUUUCUCGUUAAACACAAAAUUCUUUGAAAUUUUGUCAUCAGUAACUGGUUAUGGUGAAUUAUGCGUGUGCUUUUGGCCAAUCAGAAUUUGGGAAAUAUUUUGAAUGAAUAAUAAACACAGUUGCAAGACAGUGUAAUGACACAAAACAUUUCUCCAAAUCUAAGGAUUCAUGUGCUUAUCAUUAAACUGAUCCGGCUUCUUAUCUGUAAAACUUUAGCUAACAGUGUUUUGCAGACGUUAAUAUAAGACAUUCACACAUCAUGUCAUUCUAAGAAGCGCUUCGGCUACGUAAAGACUCACGCGUUCCGGCUACCAUUAUUAACGUCUUGUGUGCAAAACUGGCCCAAAGUUCAAUGAGUAAAAUUGAUUACUGAAGUGGCGAGAAUUUUAAGACGAUAUACUUGCACAAUUAAUACAAAAUUAGAUUUAUUCUUUAGCACAACACUCUCACCUAAUACUAAAAGGGAAAAGCGGGCGCAGAAGGUAACCUGCUUCAAACGAACCUUAAAACGUGCAUGCUAUGCUUUAACUUUAUUUGCAGAUUUAACUGCCCCUUCCCUAAUUGUAGUUAACUAUAAAUAACACCGAUUUUCGUCCUAGGAUGAUUCAAAAACUGAGGAUUAAUUUGUGAACAAACUGAUGUACAGUAGGGUUCGGUCCAUGAUUUAACUCACGGUCUGGCGGUUUUGAUCUGUUAAGUAUAAAUCAACUUGUGCGCCCAAAAAUUUGUGGCAUACAUUGAUUCUGAUGGUUUAAACAUCCCGAGAUAAAAAUACGUUGAUAAAUAAAACCACAAAGUAUAUUUAGAAAAACAACAACAACAUUUAAGAUGCAGAGACCUAUUCCCGACUUACGUUCAAGUUACAUGUCAGCUUUCAAUCAACAAUGAUCGUUGAUGCAUAUCUCAUUAAUUGAGCAAGAUGGUACUUUGUACGGACAACAGCCCCACCUACUAGAUCUAAGACGCCAACCAGCACGCCAGGUAACUUGCUGAAAAGGCUUAAACUGAAUUCUAUUCUGCUUUUCAAAGUAAACUCAUCAGUAAAGUAUCUUGGGUCUGAUGUCAUGUAUAUUACAAGGCAAUGACAUUUUUCGCUUCCAAUUUCUCCGCCCAAAAACAAUUAUCGAAAAUCUAACACGCAUCAUAUUUUGAUUAGGAUGUUCAAAAACUUCAAAACACUCAUAUUUUUGAGUUCUCCAAUCAGCUGCGCAAGGGCUUAUUAUAUUAAAAUAGGCAGCGGUUUGAAAAACUAUCUGAUAGUUCAAUUAAGUUAUUACGUAAAAUCUACAAGAUUUCCUUACGAUGUUCUUUCUACGGAAAACACCCGCACCCUCUUCGAAGAAACCAGCCACUGCACUAGCUUGAGAAAACAGCAAACAUUUCGCGACGCCACCACUGGUUUUCCCGCGAAAUGACGCAGCACGACCAAUCAGAAGCCCUACCCAGAUCUGGGUAGUGACGAGUUAUCAAUAUUGAAUUUCUGCACUUGACUCUCAAACGUUAUUUCGCGGAGAAACCAGUGGUGGCGUCGCUAAAUGUGGGAUUUUCUCAGGCUACCACGGCACAAGGUAACAUAAUAAAGACGAAGGCUGCUUUCAGUAUGUAAAAUCUGUCAUCGUUUCGCACAACCUAAGUUGAAUAUCGGGACGUGAGCCAAUAACUCAGUUUUAUCUUAUUUAUGCGUUUAAGCUUGUAAGGUCUUAAUCAAAUUAAUUUUUCAACUUGAGGUUAUUUAAAACUUUUUUACUUUCUGACUUUCUGACAAAAAGACCUCCCUCGCAUUCGCCCAUAAAAAACAAACCCGUUUUUUUUUUUUUUUUUUAAGAAACUCCCCACAUCGUAAUUAUGGUUUGGACUUUAUAGCAUCCUAGUAAUUUAAAUGCAAACCAUUGUACCUCAAUCUUGUACCAAAAUCUGUUGAUUCAAAGAAAUCCCGUUAUUGUCAUAGCUCUUUCUUUUGCCCACCUUUUCCCGUAAAUGAACAUUUCAGUUUUACUAUAUUAACUUAGGGAAAACAGGGGGACCAUCUCCAACAAGUAAAGCACCUGGUCAAUCAUCCACAGUCAAACCAACUAGUGUAUCAGGUAACUUGCUUGCUAAAAGAAAAGCAUAAAUACUGCACGCCGAUACCUGAGAUCUCUGUAAUGAUCGAAACAACAUUUUUCAUUAAUGUAGGGAAAACAGGGCGACAAUCAACGACAACUAAACCACCAAGUCAAUCGUCUACAGUCCAACCAACCAGUGUGUCAGGUAACUUGCAUGCUGAAAGCCAAACACAGAUACUGCAUGAUGAUACCUGAAAUCACUCGCACGGAUAAUCGAAACGCCGUUAUUCAUGAAUUUAGGGAAAACAAGGGGACUAUCUACGACAACUAAACCACCAAGUCGAUAUCUACAGUUAAACCAACUAGUGUAUCAAGUAACUUGCAUGUAGAAAGCACAAUAUAAACACUGCAUGCCAAUACCUGAAUUCACUGGUGAUGAUUGUAAAAACAUUAUUCAUGAAUUCAGGGAAAACAGGGGGACAAUCUACGACAACUAAACCACCAAGUCAAUCAUCUACAGUCAAACCAACUAGUGGAUCAGGUAACUUGCAUGCUGAAAGCAAAAGUUAGAUACUGCAUGAUAAUACCUGAAAUCACUGUGAUGAUCGAAACAACAUUAUUCUGAUCACUAAUUUAGGCAAAACAGCGGGGACCAUCUACGACAGCUAAACCACCAAGUCAAUCAUCAACAGUCAAACAAACUAGUGGAUCAGGCAACUUGCAUGCCAAAAACAAAACAUAAAUACUGCAUGCCGAUACCUGAAAUCAACGUGGUGUUCGGAACAACGCUAGUUGGUUUGACCGGGAAAACAGGGGGACCAUCUACGACAACUUAACCACCAAGUCAGUUAUCUACAGUCAAAAAAACUAGUGGAUCAGGCAACUAGCAUGCUUAAAGCAAAACAUAAAUACUCCAUGCCGAUACCUGAAAUCAACGUGUUGUUCGGAACAACACUAGUUGGUUUGACCGGGAAAACAGGGGGACCAUCUACGACAACUUAAACACCAAGUCAAUCAUCUACAGUCAAACCAACCAGUGUAUCAGGUAACUUGCAUGCUGAAAGCAAAACAAAAAAAACUGCAUGCUGAUACCUGAAAUCACUCGCACGGAUAAUCGAAACGCCGUUAUUCAUGAAUUUAGGGAAAACAAGGGGACUAUCUAUGACUACUAAACCACCAAGUUGAUCAUCUACAGUUAAACCAACUAGCGUAUCAAGUAACUUGCAUGUAGAAAGCACAAUAUAAACACUGCAUGCCAAUACCUGAAUUCACUGGUGAUGAUUGUAAAAACAUUAUUCAUGAAUUCAGGGAAAACAGGGGACAAUCUACGACAACUAAACCACCAAGUCAAUCAUCUACAGUCAAACCAACUAGUGGAUCAGGUAACUUGCAUACUGAAAGCAAAGGUUAGAUACUGCAUGCUGAUACCUGAAAUCACUGUGAUGAUCAAAACAACAUUAUUCUGAUCACUAAUUUAGGCAAAACAGCGGGGACCAUCUACGACAACUUAAACACCAAGUCAAUCAUCUACAGUCAAACAAACUAGUGGAUCAGGCAACUUGCAUGCUUAAAGCAAAACACAGAUACUGCAUGCCUAUACCUGAAAUCAAUGUGGUGUUCGGAAAAACACUAGUUGGUUUGACCGGGAAAACAGGGGGACCAUCUACGACAACUUAAACACCAAGUCAAUCAUCUACAGUCAAAAAAACUAGUGGAUCAGGCAACUAGCAUGCUUAAAGCAAAACAUAAAUACUCCAUGCCGAUACCUGAAAUCAACGUGUUGUUCGGAACAACACUAGUUGGUUUGACCGGGAAAACAGGGGGACCAUCUACGACAACUUAAACACCAAGUCAAUCAUCUACAGUCAAACCAACCAGUGUAUCAGGUAACUUGCAUGCUGAAAGCAAAACAAAAAAAACUGCAUGCUGAUACCUGAAAUCACUCUCACAGAUGAUCCAAUUAACCCACCUUAUUAAUUAAUUUAGGGAAAACAGGAGGACCAUCUAUGACAACUAAACCACCAAGUGGAUCAUCUACUGUCAAACCAACUAGUGUAUCAGGUAACUUGCAUGCAGAAAACACAAUAUGAAUACAGCAUGCUAAUACCUGAAAUCAGUGUGAUGAUCGUGAAAACAUUAUUCAUGAAUUUAGGGAAAAUAGGGGGACCAUCUUGACAACUAAACCAUCAACUGCAUUAGCUACACUCAAACCAACUAGUGCAUCAGGUAACUUGCAUGUAGAAAGCAAAACAUAGAUACUGCAUGUUGAUACCUAAAAUCACUGCGAUGAUCGUAAAAACAUUAUUUAUGAAAUUAGGGAGAACAGGGGGACCAUCUACGACGACUACACCACCGAGUCAGUCAUCUACAUUCAAACCAACCAGUGUAUCAGGUAACUUGCAUGCCGAUACCUGAAAUCAACGUGGUGUUCAGAACAACACUAGUUGGUUUGACCGGGAAAACAGGGGGACCAUCUACGACUGACAACUAAAGCACCAAGUCAGUCAUCUACAGUCAAACCAACCAGUGUAUCAGGUAACUUGCAUGCUGAAAGUAAAACAGAAAUACUGCAUGCCGAUACCUGAAAUCAACGUGGUGUUCGGAACAACACUAGUUGGUUUGACCGGGAAAACAGGGGGACCAUCUACCACAACUAAAUCACAAACUGCAUUAGCUACAAUCAAACCAACUAGUGUGUCAGGUAACUUGCAUGCAGAAAGCAAAACAUAGAUACCGCAUGUUGAUACCUAAAAUCAAUGUGAUGAUCGUAAAAACAUUAUUUAUGAAUUCAGGGAAAACAGGGGGACUAUCCACGACAACUAAACCACCAAGUCAGUCAUCUACAGUCAAACCAUCUAGUGGAUCAGGUAACUUGCAUGCCGAAAGUAAAACAGAAAUACUGCAUGCUGAUAGCUGAAAUCACUGUAAAUGUUAAAGUGCUAAUACAUUUCUUAUGAAUUUAACUUAAGUAAACCAGAACUCAACCAGAGGAGUGAUCGUAUUCUUAUUAACUGUACGCGUGUGACACUGAAAGUUACAAUUUUUAAGUUAGGGAAAAUAGCCAUAACAUAAGAAAAUGUAUGCUAAUGCUUGUGAAUACUAUAGGGGAGUAUUUCAAUCAGCAAAAUAUACGCGUUUAUUUGAUCCCAGAAUGUUACAAUAUUGCAGUACGACAAAAUUUGAUUUAUACACUAUGGGGCUAUUAAAAGCUAAAAUUUCACAUCGCAGUUGCAAGAAUCCUACACAUCAUAAAAGUUUAGACCGGGCCUCAAGAGAUAUGUAAAAAGAUAUGUAAAAAGAUCUCAUUUACACCCCUCAGAAUUAAAUUGAUUCUUUAGGCCAUAUUAAUCGGGUUCCAUGUCAGAAUGCACUACUGUAUAGCCAACAUAAAGACUUUUAAGAAUAGUAUAACUAACUUGUACAAAGAUGAAUUAGCAAAUGUCUUUGACCCCGAUAAACCAUGUUCAUAGGGUCUUGCACGUAACUGUGGGUGCCACUGGUAACAAUAGUUUUAUAAGCAUUUCUUAAGAUUUUUACUGAUUUAGUUAGGUGCCCUGCACGGCACCUUUCCUUUUGGUUAAAAAAAAAAAAACUUUAUUGGGUUCGCCACGGUGGUCAACUCAACACGGUGACAAAGAAUGGAACAGGACUUGCUUCCCAAUUGAAAUCAACCCCUUCAUUACCCACCCAGCCCAUGAAAAGUUUUACCACACAAUCGGGGUCUACGUCCCCUACUCUUUACGGACAACAGUGUGAGUUCUUUUACGUCCCACAAGAAUCAGAAUAGUGAAUUCAAAGAAUUGUGAGACAAGGCCUACGGACUUUCGUCCUUUUCCGAGAUGACUAGAAUGUCUUUGUUCUUUGUUUCGUUGUUUCGUAUUGCCUUGUGUAGUUAUAUACUACAGAAGAGAGUUUAAUAAAAAAGAAAAUUAAAACUUAAGGACAAAACCUUUAGUUCCUCCAUCAAGACCCCCUACGUCAUCAGUUAACGGCAUGAAAAGUAUCAAAAUGUUUAAGAUAUUGCAUGCUGCUGACUUGUCUUAUUACCUGAAUGUUUUAUGGCUUAUGACCUGAAUUACGCAAGCCUUAAGCCUAGCUGCAGAAAAGACAAAAAGCAAGUUCCCACAUGAUGGUACUAUCAUAUGAGAACAACACUUCAAAGAUCGUUGUAACAAACGAUCGCUGAGAUUUAAGCAUGGUUUCAUUGUGAUCUUUAUGGCCGCUGGCUGUCUUCUGUUAUAUUUUUUCGCCGAAUCUCUUACCAGUUACCGUAAAAUUCUGAAAAUAAGCCCCUCCGUGUAUAAGCUCCUCCAAAAAUAAGCCCCCCAAACCGGUAACGCAAAAAAUCCUCCGUUAAUUCGCCCCUCCAAAUAUAGGCCCCCCAGGGGCUUGUACUUGGAAAAUUGCCCUCAAAUACAAAGUAAAACACGGCAAAACCGGUAAAUUUACUUUCAACUAUAAGGCUAGCCCAAUCGAUUUUGUAACGCAAAUUUCUCUCCAUUGAUAAGCCCCUCCGAAUAAAAGCGCCUCCAAAAAUAAGCCCCUCAAAAAUGGCCCUUUGAAAAAUAUAAGCCCUCAGGGCCUAUUUUCGGAAUUUUACGGUAUAAUAUUUAUGGAAAAUUAACUGAAAAACUUUGUGAGAACUUAGGCACUAAUAUGAUUACCAUUCUACUCCACCUGUGACUGUAACUUGUUUUUGUCCUUUCAUAGUAGGCGGGAGAAAGCCUUUUUAUUGAAAUGCUUUUGGAUCACUUACAAUUUAUAGCUUAAACGUUUGAAACAUACAAACUUCUCAAAAAAAGUGAAGCAUUAAGAAAAGUUUAUUAAGACACAGGUGAUACAUAUACAAAUAUUUUUAAACUCACUUUUAAUAAAGAAGAAUUUAGAAAUGUAAGGUUAGUAAAUAAUCGUUAUGACAGUAACAGCUUUCUCUUAAUUCAGGAACACUUCCACCAGGGGUUUCCACAACAAAACCAACUAAGGCACCAGGUAACGAUUAAAAUUUGUUGAUAACCCAAUAUAAAAUAACUAUUUCCAAUCUUAAAAUAUGUUUGACUUUGUGUAAAGUUCCCGUCUUUCAAAUUAUUGCCUAUCCUCGAAAUUAUCAGAAUAUGUAAUCUUCGUUGACGUAUCUCUGCUUGCUAUCUUUUUGAGGAAGAAGUUCGACUUUUUUGUUUUCGCACUACCAGUUAAAUGCCCCGCCAUUUUUUCCAGUUCUUCACGUCCUAAACAGCUGAGCGACCGCGCCUCUUCUCUGUGCGUCCCUUUUUCUGUCGAUAUCGACACUACUGACAUCAAUCGUAUUCAUUAAUAUUUCAAGUUUAUUUCUUCCUUUAAGAGUUAAAGUAAGGUAAGGAGCAAAGUUGACUUUUGGAAUAUAAAAAAAUAAUGGUUGUCUAAUGACUACUGUACAAUAUCCUACAGGUUCUGGUAAAAAUGAAAGUGACAAAUGUCAAUAUUUCGUGGUUAACAGUACGACUUACACCUAUGCCAUAGUUCAAAGUAAGUAUUAUCACACUUUAUUAAGUAUCUCAUAAGUAAGAGGGAUCGAUUAAUAGGUGUUCGACUGCCGUCAACAACAACAAGGUUAUUGGUUUUCCUUGUCGUAACUUUUCAACUAUAUAGUUAGUUGGAUAGGAAUAAAAUUUGUGUACUGUACUGUUGGGUUGGAGGAACCAAGAGGUCAGUUGGUGUAAGAAAUAAUUGAAAGUGAAUCACACGCAUAAAAAUAAUGGAAUCAAGGAUACUCAACUUGGGUCACGCUGCUCUGGUACCUACCUUUCUCUCUUCUAAUGUUGUUUUGUAAUGGUUUUUGGUGGAAUUGUCCAUUUUCGAGGCAAACAUUGAAAGGGAGACGGAAAAUGACGCCGAGCACAAAAUGUCAACGUUAUUCUUUCAAUCAGGACCCAAGUUCUAAUAUCAGGAAUUGCGAUACUGCAGAAGAAAACAAGAAAAAUGUGAUACAAGACUAAGCUUGAACGAAAAUACAAAAACUUACGGCGGUUUUGAUAAUGAGUAAGUUCUCAAGAGAUUCUUUGUUCCGGCGCGUAUUAUUUAUUAGGGACCUUUAGCAAGAACCGCAAAACACAGGACUUUAGAUAAGCAAAACAACAGCUUUGCAUGUGCAUCCCGUUUUGUGGAGGACUUGAACAACGACUUGAAUUUUCUUUUCCUGAACUUAGAUGCAGUCUUUUAGAUUCAACCUCGGAAAAGUUUACCAAAACGAAAUGGAAUAGGCCAAUAAAUUUUUCAGUAACGUUUCGUAGCCGUCGCGGUCGUGGGUUCUUAAAUUAGUGCCCUCUUGUACCCUCUCACGUGACAGUGACAUUAGAAAAAUCGUAAUAAAAGGUGAGACAAACAACCUCAAUUUAAAAUAUGCCCGGUCAAUUAAGUUUCAAGAAAUAUGUUGUUUAACAUUUUGGCCUUUUUUGUGGAUUGGCGUUUUUCGUAUAGGUUAACGUUGUCUAACUGACUUAAAGAGGCAUAUCUCAUUUUAAAUAAUAUAUCUCUUCUUCCUUUUUUUAGAAUGCAAAGGAAAACCCAAUGUCACAUUUGUCCCACAAGGUGAGAACCUUCAUUGCGUAAAUACAGUCGAACCUCCCGUAGGCGACCACGUGCACUGUGCGAUGAGUUGGUGCUCGCUUAAGGGAGUCGAACUACAGACAGUCUUUUACGAGGAGAAUUGCGAACACAUCUAUGCAAUUUCUAGUUUAAAAUAUAGAUAAAUCCAUGCUUCUCUAAAAAAUCUUCACAUACUCUGAGUAGCCUAGUACAUACAGCGAACACACAGAUCAGACAUUUUAUCAGGUAGUCGAUUAGAAGCGGUUAAAACAAUGGACAAUUCCUCAACAGUCAUCCUAACAUUGGUCGAAGUUGCUCAAAAGAGGUGGUCGUUUUUCUGGAGGUUCUAACUAUCAGGCUUUGACUAGGAAAAUGUUUAUUGUUUUGGAUAGGUGGUCGCUUACGACAGGUGAUCACCUAUUUAGGUUCGACUGUACAGUUAUAUACAAUGUAUGUCGAAGUUAAUUUUUUAUCUCAGGUAAUUUUUAUUUUUCUUUUGCUCCACCUUCGUUAGCAUACAAUUCCAAAACCAAAAACAAAAGAAAAACAAAAAUAACCUAAGAUAAAAAUUAGAUACAACAUUUAUCUACUAGGCCUAAAUGCCCGCCCUUUAGACUUAAAGAUAAUCCGCCAUAACUUAGUGGUAACUCCUUUUUCUUUCUUUGGUCACCACUACUGCGCAUUGCCUUAUUAACCUCAGAGAUUUCAUGCUUGUAAGCUCGAAAUGUUGUGAGUUUCGUUUUCUAGUUCACGAGCGCGGUGAUUUAUAUUUUGCCAAAACUAAAUUUGGAAAGUCUCAUUUGCGCUUGCUUGUAGUCGGUUAUGUUAUACGAGCAAGGAAAAACGGGCUGCAACUUGAACAUGACUUCAGUUAUUUUCUUUAUUUUCAGUUAUUUCUGUCAUAAUAAACGAUUUCUCGACGUGUUUUCAACUGAUACUCACGUGGAGAAUGAUUACGUUUUGGAAGAAAUGUUUGAAAUUUGCAAUUUAUCAGUUGAUAUAUGCACAAUAUGGCUGUAAAGAAAACAAUGAAUAAAUAAAUAAAUGAACGAACGAACGAACGAAUAAGUGAGUGAAUGAAUGAAUGAAUGAACGAAUGAAUGAAUGAAUGAAUGAACGAACGCACGAACGAACGAAUAAGUGAAUGAAUGAAUGAAUGAAUGAAUGAAUGAAUGAAUGAAUGAAUGAACGAAUGAAUGAAUGAAUGAACGAACGCACGAACGAACGAAAGAACCAACGAACGAACGAGCGAUCAAACGAACGAAAGAACGAAUGAACGAACAAACGAAUAAGUGAAUGAAUGAAUGAAUGAAUGAAUGAACGAAUGAAUGAACGAACGAACGAACGAAUAAGUGAAUGAAUGAAUGAAUGAAUGAACGAAUGAAUGAACGAACGGACGCACGAACGAAAGAACCAACGAACGAAGGAGCGAUCAAACGAACGAAAGAACGAAUGAACGAACAAACGAACGAAAUUAUAAGAUGGUUGACUUGUAUCACAUCUCACUUCCAAACGAUAUUUUGUGUUGGCUCUGAAAAUGAGGAGACAGGGACUGCAAUAAUUUUGUUAGUUGACUGAUAAAGACGGUAAGGUUUUCGAAAUACUAAUUACCUCAGAAAAAUUCUCUAGGGAAAAUGGUCCGCAUUUAACCACUGUAAGUAAAGCAUAAAAAUUGUUUUACGCGAGAGAAAACUAUUAUCCCUUUUUAGCACUAAGGCAACAUAUUUGAUCUUUAAAAGUCGCACAUAGAUGUAAAAAGAUAUGGGCGAUUAGGUCAGACAAGAAAUUAAGGCACACUGGGUGUAACAGACAUGUACUUAAUUUAAUAGGGAAACGUGUUAGGUGCUCAUCUUUAAUUUUGCUGUGAUGCAUUAUUAUGUCUACCUUGACAAUCAGAUGUACUUUCUAGGAUCAUCAUCUGAUUCAUCCGUAACAGGAUCGCUUCCAAUUCAGUCAGGUAACAGCAUGCUAAAAAAAAGCUCUAAAACCUGCAUGCUGCUACUUGCAUUUUUGAAAACCCCCGAACACUUCCCUUAUUUAAACAAAACAUGCUACUGUAAAAGCUAGUGUAAUCAUAGCAUGUGAUAAUAAACUUUUUAAUACAGCUUUUGAUUUCUAAACGAAGGCUCAGUUGAAUGAUUUUAAACUUUCCAUUCGAUGUUUUGGAGAAGUUUUAAAGGUCAUCUAUUUUCAAACUCGACAUAUACUUAUGGUGAACUGCGUUUCACCACACUGUAAUAAUGAUGCACAUACGUCCUUUGCGUAGUUCACCAUUUUCACGUACACAAUAAUGCACCUUGUUAACCCCGGCCUAUAUUUUGCAUAACCAUCGAUUUCUCUUGAGAGGUCUGUAAUACCCAGGAGAAAUUGGAAACAAUGGUUAUGCAAAAUUUAGGGGGUGGGUAACCAAGGUGCAUUAACAAUUUAAGAUUCUUAAAAUUUAAGUUUAAUAUAAAAAAUAAAUUAAUGAUCGAAAAAACUUUAAUAAGCUGUGCUCAAUAAAUGAGUAAAUAGAAUAAAAACGAUAAUGUCAAUAGAGGGCACUAAAAGAGCUAACUGAGUAGAGAGUUUUUUUCCGCUUUAUGACUUUCUCUGGAGAGGAUGGAACAUAAAAGAGUAAAUACCCCAUACAAUUCUUUUUCGUAGGUGGCCCCUUUCGAGCUAUUUUAAGAAACUAAAUAGAUAGAAGCUCAGUUAAAAUACUUAAGAAUUACAACUCGUCAUUUUCUAAAAUUUAAAGCCCCAAGAUUUCUAGUGCGUUUUCGCCUAAGAAUGCCGUCCUCUUUUUUGGCGCCAAAUGUUUGUUUAAUUAUUUAUGGAGAAUGUAAUGACGGUAUUAAAAGAUUAAAAAAAAAAACUACUGAGGCUCAGAAGUGUUAGGACCUUUAACGUGACACAAUUAAAACUGGAACCCUGAUUCUCGGGCACGAUCAAGGUGGGUGAGAAUAUGUCUUUUUUGGCACAGUUGCAUGGGGAAGAGGGCGGAAGAAAGGAUGAACCCAAAUUCGAUUAAACAUUCUUAUCAGGAGCAUAAGGCCCUAUGUAAAAAUUACUUGGAAGGGUUUUCCCAUCUGGCCGAAGUACUUUUUCGACCUCUAUUGAAGGCUUUUAAUACUCAAGCAAGGGAAACAUUUGAAAUUCCUCAUAUAUUUUUGUACUAAACACAAUCAAAAAGGGAUUAUCGAUGAGAUAUAGGCCUAUUAUGGAAGAUUCGCUUUCUUACCCUGGAUUCUUUCUUAUCUAUUUCAAAUUCACACUUUGGCAUUUUGCAUGGAUGGGUUUGGUUUGUAAGGCUGUAAAACGGUGACUGGGAGAAGAUGAAAGAAACUCAUGUUUAAUUUUAAGCCCUGUUCUAUAAAUCAUUGAUGAUGAUAAUAAUAAUCAUAACAGUUGGUAAUUAUUGUUCACAAAAGAGAAGCUUGCUUUACGUAUUAACCACUAAUAAAAACGUGCACGUCAGAUUUAAGUUGAAUAUUGCAACAAUACUAACCAAUACGAAUUGAAAAUGAAAUACAUAAAUAACAGGAAUAGAUUAAGACCAUCGCCAACACAUAUGAACAUGAAUGGAUAGCAAUGGCCGAGAUAUUUCUUCAGGUGAGCUAGUAGAAUUAACAUCUUGUUCACGUUCUGAAAAUUAUAUUUCAUAAAUUGGUCUAAUUCCUAACUAACGUUCUCUGCCCAGGGCGUAGAAAAGAAUCAUAGAAACAAAAAUUGUAUUGUCUUUAGCUUGAUAACAGAAAUACAACAUCGAAAACUAUAAACGAUGCAUACAUAAUAAAAUUGUCUGUUAACCUCGCUGAGUUUGGUAGAUGCUCAUGCGGUUGCUGGUUACGUAUGCCAUUUAUCAUGGGAUCGCAUAAAAGCAAUUGGCAAGAUACUGAACAGUGGAUUCACAUUUCAAUUGAAAUAGCCAGUUAAAAAUGCUAGACUUAUUUUGAAAACAGAGGGUGAAAAAAACGCAUUUUGAAAUAAUGUAACUUGCAAUGUAAAAGUUAAGAAGCUCACUGACAAAAAGGUUUAAACUGUAAUCCUGUGACUGUUAUCUUCAAUUUUGUUACAAAUUGGUAGUUUACACUUCUGUCCACUAAAACGUCACUUUCCUCGACAGCACCAGGACAAAAACCAACAGUUAACCCAGGCGAAUCGAGCACAACAGCAACAACAACUGUAACGACUGUUACCGCUACGACUCCAACCGUAAAUUCAGAAACGUCGACUACAUUAAAACCUCUAACAACACUUCAACCCGGACUAACGUCGUCUACUACUAUUAGUCAAGGAACCACAACGGCUUCAAAGCCCGAAUUUACUAAAUCAACAACAGUUAUCUCCAGAGGUACAUCUUCAACAUCGCCAACGACUGUACAACCAGAAGAGCAAACAACACCGGCCACAACGAAACCCACAGGCCCAGAAUUAACGACUGCUAGCACUUUAACUACGGCUGGUCCUGGUCUAACGACUAUAGCUACAAAAACUACACUAAAUCCCGAAUUAACACCAACUACAGGGAAAACGACACCAACCACUACAACUGCAACAACACUGGCGCCUGGAGUGACAACCACUUCCUCGACAAUAAAUCAGGGAGUGACCUCUCCAAGUACGAUAACUACAUUGAAUCCAGCACUUACAACAGCAACGCCUCCAACGUCGUCUGCGCAAACCUCAGAAACUACACUGGUCACAUCGAAACCCACAAGCCCAGAGUUAACAACAGCAAGUACUUUAAGUACCCCUGGUCCUGAACUAACUACUACGGCUAUAGAAACCACAUUAAAACCCGAAUUAACAGUAUCUACAGGGCAAACGACACCAACCACCACAUCCACAACCCUGACGCCCGAAUCGACAACCACUUCAAGCACGAUUACUACACUGAAUCCAGAACUCACAACAACGUCACUUUCAACGACGUCACAAGCCUCGACCACACCUGGGAAAACACCAGCCACAUCGAAGCCCACAGGCCCAGAAUUAACGACAGAAGGAACUUUAACUACACCUGGGCCUGAAUUGACGACUACAGUUACAAUAACCACUCUAAACCCAGAGAUAACAACAAGCACCACAACAGAACAUCAAACCACACCUACUGAGGAAAAGACGUCAACAACACCCACGACUACAGGGAUAACGAAGCCAACUUCACUGGGUCCACAAACACAGGCACCUAUGACAACUGUGAGUCCAGAGAAAACUACAACAACUACUACUCCAGAGUCACCCACAACCAUACAGGCUGCAGUCAGUUCAACACCGUCGACUUCUACAACUAAACCUCCAGAAGAACUGAGUACCCCGAUUAAACCAGAGCCUACUAGGCCAACAACAGUGGCUCCCAAUUACCCAGAAUUAACGUCAUCAACGACUUCGUCCACACCUAAACCAGCAACUUUUACAACUACUUUAACCCCUGGAACGACAAAGCCUACUGUAGUCUCCACAGCUUCCACUAGUAAGCCAACGGUAAAUCCAGUAACAACUAAACCAACACUCAAACCUCAGACUACAACAGCCACAGAAAUCGAAAUCACUACGACAACAACGCAAAAGACAACUGCGACAACAAGUGCAACAUCAGAACAGGAAACGACUGAAGAGACAGUGUCUACGACAGUGACGACAACAUCAACAAUAACCACCGUAACGACAAAACCAACAACCAGUGUCACUCUAACAACAGGUACAUUCCAUAAAUACUGGAAGCGGAAAAGGUGCGUUCAAAACCAUCAUACUGCCACGAUGCAACUAUUGAGUCAGUCUUGUAAAAACAGUGCUUUGGCCAAUUGCCUACAUCCGAAGUGAAAGAACAGAGCCUAAGGUACAACACAAGUUUUGGAAAGACAGGCCGGACUUUUCACCCUUUCAGACUUGUUGGACAAGCUUUUUUGCUGUAUGGCUAUUCUAUUAACUUUUAAAAAUGUCCGCCAACCUUUUUUUUUCCUGCAUUUGCGCGCCAAUGCGAUAAAUGCUUUUGAACGCGCCCUUUCCAUAGCUCUUGUUUUGGUCAAAAAGCAAUUUUGAUAAUUUGCCCUAGGGUGGUUCAAUGAAGCAAUUGUCAAAGAAUUUAAAGCAGCAAUAGUACUUGUUUUUACAGAUAGUACCAGUUCAUGACGGGUAUUUUUAACCAAGGAAUUUAAGAAUCUAAGCCGGAAAGUGUUCCGUUUCACGUUUAUACAUGUAUGAAGGAUAAUUUUAGCAACUGCGACAGAUUUGCUCACACACUUCGCUGAGUACUUAAGCAAGCCUGAAACAAACCCAUCCUGGUAAAAUGUUCAUUAAUAGACUAUAAAAUAAGACAGUAGCUCGAGUUGCAAACGCAUUCUAAAAAUACUAACUCUCAAACUGAAUAUAAACAAUGCAUAAACCGUGUUCAUAGUUGUAAACAGUUUCUGGCGUUUCUGCAAGUCGAUAUUGCCGCUAUGGCAAGAAAGUCCCACAAUUAAAUAGCAAUCUCCUGUCAUUUUUGCUGAUAGUUCCCCCGAAGCCAUGUGAGCCCAACCCAUGUAAGAAUGGUGCCACUUGCGAAGUUCUUGGAGGAUUGAACUUUACCUGCAUAUGUCCACAAGGGUAUUCUGGACAACUCUGCCAAGAACGAGGUAUGUUUGUUCGGUCUUACGGUAUUCUUUGUUGACUAUUCUCUUACCAGAGAUUCUAUCAAUUUCAUUCGUCAUGAUUCGUCAUGAAGUAAACUCUGGGAAAUCUGUUUCUUUUCAUACGUUAAAGUCCCUGGCUCUGUCAAGCGUCGCUGGUUUAUAAACUUCAUGUAUAGAAUCUUAAGCCUUAAGAAGACAGUAUGUAACGAAAAAUAUAAAGACAAUUGUGGUAAAACAUCACAUACUACUUGCAUUUGCGGAGUUGCAAUUCUCAGAACGUGAACAAUCCGAACGAGGGCUAGUUACCCAGGAAGAGUAUUCUAGAUUUGUGGCGACGUGGAGGUUGGAGGGAUUUUUUGGGUAUGAAAAUUCCGAUUGCUUUUUUGUUUAACAAAAGAUUUCAGACUGACGGUUAUAAAACAUAAACAUAUAACAAACAUAACAUUUGACACGUUAUGUUAAGGAUGUAUAGUACAUUUGUUGUCUUAAAAGACGGUUGUUAACAUUCUCUGACUCGCUCGCCGAUCCCGUCAAUGGCAGUAAACAUUUCACCUCUUUUACUCAUGGUACUCAUUUUUUGUGACUUAUUUUGCAUUUUGCCGUUGUUGUUGCCCGGGGAGGUACUUUAGGAAUUUCUGGGUGGGGACGUGCCGCUGGGACCCUGUUGGAACCCUUAACCUAUACCAGAGCUAGUUCAGCUGAAUUUUGCUACCCUAUACUAGAGUAGCUCUUUCCUGAAACUAAUGAGGUCACCAGCACAGUCUAGCCAAAACAAAACCUUAUACCACAAUCCCUAGUCAGACAAAAUCUUCAACCAAGUGAUCAGUUUCCUGAAAAAUGAUACCCUAUUCUAGACCCAAACGCUCUGAUUUAUAUACCCUAUCCUAGGGUAAACUGAUUGAAAACCAAACCCUUCACAGCGGCACAUAUCUAUAUAGCCCAUAUAUGGCAGUACCCCGGGUAUUGUUGAUAUAUUUUUAAUUUCUUUUAUUUCAUUUUAUACUUUUGUGGAUGAGGAGGGAUGAAUUUGGGUUCAGGGGAAUUUGGGUGGGGAGGGUUUUUCUGUCACCCGUUCGCACCUUAUUUAAUCACCCUAUGUUGAAAAAAUGAAUUUAUUAUUAAGAAAUCACGUAUUAUCUAUUUCGUAGGUCCCAGCGAAGAGGAAAUUAAGGAUGCAUUAAUGUUAACAAACCUGUACAGAGCUAUGCACCAGGCUCCUCCAGUCAUCUGGAGCAAAGAAAUGGCGGCUAAGGCCCAGGACUGGGCAGAUAAGUUAGCACGUGAGCAGAGGCUUGUCCAUGAAAAUGAAAGUUCAGCUGAUUAUGGGGAAAAUUUGGCAGAGGUAGGAGGAGACGACAAGGCGUUACUGAGAGCUAUUGAUGCUUGGUAUAAGGAAUUCACCAAUUACAAUUUUAAUGACCCGACGUUCACUACAGAUACUGGCCACUUUUCUCAGGUAAGGUUGUCUGUGAGGUCCGUUCGAUAUAAGAACUGAGUUACAGUUUUAAGGAAGCUACGUUCAUUGAUCGCUAUAUAUGACUUUAGCUAAGUUUCGUCCUUUUUGAAACGACAGGAAACGUGGUUAUAUUUUUCAAACACUAAAGGGACGUCCAAAACAGAAUAGAGAAAAAAACGUAUGGCACCAACCCUGAAUAGCAUUGCUUUACUGAGACUUCGGACUUCUGUUCAAUGCGGUGGCCCGGAUAUACUAUAUAGACUGUAAACUAUAACCUUCUUUGCCGCAAUAAUAGCCACAAUUUUGAAGCCUUAAUAACUUAUGUGGCCAGACAUAGUCAAAAUAACAUUUAGUAUCGAGGAAAUUCAUCUUUACAGUUCCUAAACUAAGCUGCUGUGUUCUGAUUGUUUUCAUUUGCAGCUUGUAUGGGGCGCAACUAAUCAGUUUGCAAUGGCAAAAGCGAAGGCACGAGACGUACCAAACGUGUACGUGGUGGCAAGAUACAAACCCGCUGGGAACGUUGUGAAUCAAUUUCAAAUGAACGUCAAACCAAAGCCGCAAUGAAAUCCAACGAUUAUAAGGCAAACUUCUUUUUCAUUCUGUGAAAAAGGCCGUAUUAUGAAUGUGA